UAGAUACAAAGUGAAGAUGAAAUCAUUAUUUAAAUGUGUUUAUCAAAGAAACAGCAGACGGUGAAACAUCUGUAACGUCACUGUCCUGCUAAGCAAAUCUGUUUUUGGAAAAAGAAAACGAACAUUUGCUCUAUUUUUUCUUUUUCUUUUUUUUCUUUUUUUAAAAGGCUCCAAGAUACAGACAAAAGAGAGAAUAGAGAUCACUCGUAAUUAACUUUGCAAUGCUAAAUAUUGCACCUUAUAUUGCCAAAUAUGUAAGGUCAUUGCAUGCCAGAUUCGAUAAACUACAAAUCCCAUUCAGUCAGUCUCAAUUUGGCGUUGUGCUCAUGGUUGAUGUUGUUGGUUUUAGUGCUUUGACAACAAUGGCCGCUGAGAAAGGAGAAUCUGGGGCUGAAGCUGUUGCAUUAGAAAUAGGCUCUUAUAUGGGUGAAUGCAUUGAAAUCAUUGAACACUUUGGCGGAGAUGUUGUGAAGUUCUUGGGAGAUGCAGUUUUAGUUAGCUUUCAAAUACAAUCAUUUGAAAAUGAUUUCACAACAAGUGAAGAAAACGCCAAGGAUAGAGAAGCACGACAACGAAAUGUACUUGUCAGAAAGGCAAUUGAAUGUGGACUGCAAUUAUUGGCUAGGUUAUCUCAUUAUCGAGUUUAUCUAACAGCAGAAGAACGUACGAAACACAGAUCAUCUGUCGGCAUAGACCGUCGAACGAGAGAUGAUGAUAGUCAACCUUUCUUCCUGUUUGAUGGCAAUGGGUCAACCAGCGAGCAAUCGUCAACAGGAGGAAGUUUAUAUCUAAAUACAGCAUUAGAUAUCGAUUACACUUAUGAUGCAACUGCAUUCAAUUUCUGGCGUUGUAUUCCAGCCAUCUUUGGCAAAAAUAGAAAGAACAAAGUUUAUGCAACUAGGAGAAAAAACAGUGUGACAAGUGACACGACAAAGGAUGAACCAGACGCUAUUGACUUGGAGUUACACAUAGCUUUAUCAUGCGGGGAUAUCACAAAUGUAAUCUUGGGCGAUCUUCUUUCUUCAAGAGAUAACGACAUUACUGCAUUACAAAUAACAAAGAAGAAACAGCGUUUUUCAUACAUCAGUGUCAAUGGCAGCGAAAACCCAUCUGAUUACACCUUGGACUAUACCGGACGAUUAGAGUAUGCCAUCUGUGGACCAGCUGUUGAAUCACUAGAGGAUGCCCUGAAUGCUGCCAAAGCAGGUGAAAUGUGCAUUACUCCAGAAGCAUAUCAGUACUUUUUGAACCAGUCUAUCAGUCUUUCCUAUGAAAAACGAGGUGACUUUUAUAUCGUCAAAAGUAUUGAUUCUUCACCACCAAGGAAAGGAAAUAGACCCUACCCAGCCCCAGCCAAAGGAGCCCAUGCAAGUUAUUUAGCUGAUGCACCCGGCUUACUCAGUCGAGCAGAUACGCUUCAUAUCGAACCACUCGUUGCGCGUACAAGGGAUACAUCCAUUCUCGAAUUAUCAUCCGACCCAAAUCCAAAUUACCUAAAAUACAUCAACCGAAGCGCUCUUUAUCGCCUUGAGCACAGUCCCGACGAUAAUUUCCCAGCUCAAUUUAGAGAUGCGACCAUCAUGUUUAUCAGUCUAGGCAAACUCAACGUGGCUACUGCACACGGUCUUGAACUAGCGCAGAAAGCGGUCCAUACAGCCAUUCGCACCUUGGUCAAGUACGAAGGCAUCCUUCAGCAAUUUGCUGUAGAUGAUAAAGGAGCCACUCUCUUGGCCGUCUUUGGCCUCCCUCCCUUAUCGCAUGAAAGAGAAGCGAUCUUUGCAGCAAAGGCCGCCAUGGAACUUCGCGACUGUUUUCUGGGUUUUCUUGAUGAUUUUGCCAUCUCUCUUUCAACGGGUGUGAUCUUCAACUCGGUCUUACCUCAGGGAAAUCCUUACAGACGCGAUCCUGCCAUCGCAGGCGAUACGAUCAUCCUAGCCGUUCGUAUGCUCAAGUUUCAGUUUGCGAAAAAGAAUAUCGUAUGCGACUUUGCUACAAAGCAACAAAUCGGUAGGAUGUGUGAUUUUGAGGACUAUGGUGAGAACUUUGUCAAAGGUAAGGUGAAGCCAAUACAGAUCUUUGGUAUCCUACGAUUUGCUGCUAUCAAGAACAAACGGGUUUCGGCUCAAAGUCAAGAAAAGAACUCGGACUUUAUUGGAUACAAGUCAGAAAUGGCCGAGGCGACCAAGUUUGUCAGCGACUGGACAGAAUCCCCAAAUAAUCACUUGCUCGUGAUCUCGGGCCCCUCAGGUGUGGGAAAAAGCUUUUUUUGCCAUACGCUCAGCAGAGCUGUACAUUCGCCUGAUACUUUCUGUUGUUGGUCUUCGUCUACAGAAGUGGAGAAGAGCUCCAAGUAUUAUCUUGUAAAAAAUAUAUUACUCGCUUUAUUUGAAAUCAUAGACUCGCAGGAUCUACCACCUAAUCCUAAACGAAGAUUAUCCUACUUUACCGGCUCAACCCAUCUCUAUGAUUCUGUCUAUUCUCAUGGCUUAGAAAGCUCAGACGUCUCGUCAUCACCUUCUUCUACUCCCCCAUCACCAACGACACUCACGACCAUCAAGGAACCACAACUGUCGAACGGUAACAACACAUCCUAUUUUUCUAGCUCAAGGCUCUCUCCUCCUGCAGAAAUACACGGAGACGACAUUCCAGAAAGCGCUAGUGAGUUGGUUGAACAGAUCACUCGAUGCCUAAGAAAGUGCGGCGAAGAGGAGGAGUUCUUACCGCUGUUCAAGGUUGUGUUCACCACCUUGGCCGAUGUACCAGAUAACAGGACGACACGGCGAUUGGAUGUACGUGCACGAGAUAUACUUCUCACAGGGGUUAUCACGCGCAUGAUCCGUUAUGUAUCUGAGCAUACGAGUCUCGUAUUCAUCUCUGACGAUGUGCAAUGUAAGUAAUAAACUCAAUGUAUAUUGUUGUAUUCAUGAAACCAUAUAUUAGGGGCCGAUUCUGCAUCAAUUCGUU